CUCUUCUCCCGGGCCCUACUUCCAGGUUUGCACACAGUGAUGCAAUCGUCUGUGGGUGGUGACAAACAGCGUGAAUAUUCCACCUGAGUGACAAUCAUACACGCACAAGCACACACACACACGCACACCCACACGCAUUCUGCUGUGAAGGUGGAUUCAGGGGAGCGCUGCAGCGAGCUCAAUGACGAUGAAAAUGGAUAUAAAAGGCACCAUAGAGCAAAUGGAGAGGGGAGAGCAGGAUAUUGCGUUAUUGGCUCUACGGAACUACAACACCCAGAUGAACCACUGCUUUAACUUCAGCAAGGAGGAUGAGCUGGACCGACAGCUUUUGGGUGGAUUGGUCCUCAGUUUCCUAGACAGGGAGCUGCAGCCUUCUUGUCAGCUGGCCUGUCUAGAAACAAUUCGAAUCCUGUCCAGAGACAACCAUUGCCUGGAGCCCUUCAUCACCCUCUCUGCCAUGUCAACGCUUGCCCGCUACGCCGGCAUCGGCGUGGUCAAUAGUGCAGCACCAACCCACAGCCAGCUGGUGGAGGGCCAAGGUGAAGAAGAAGGGGGAAAAGAAGCAGCGCAGGUAUCCAGCGAGGAGGUAAAGGAAGUCUCUCCUCCUUCGGAGAACUCUGACCAGGAAGUCAUUGCUGAGUCACUCAAGUCCAUCUCUAACAUCCUGCUACACAACGAGACAGGGCAGGGGGUAGCAGCAGAUCUACAGCUGAUAAAGGGUGUGGCAGAGAGGCUGAAGCAGUGCUAUGAUCCAAACUGGAUCCAUGAGGUGCGUUUCUUUGACCUGCGCAUCACCUUCCUGCUGACCGCACUAAGAGUGGACGUCAGGGCGCAGCUAGUUCGGGAGCUCCACGGCAUCAGUCUGCUAGGCAACCAGUUGGAUGCCACCCUGGGUCUGUGUUGGCCAGAUACACUGGAGACGGCGAGGGCAGGGUUAGAGGACGUCCCGCCUGAACAACUGCCCCCACUAAGCCGGCAGCAGACAGAACUAGCCAUGGAGAUACUGAAGAUACUGUUCACUAUCACAUUCGACACAACCAGGCGCCAGGUCGACGAGGAAGAGAUGGCAGAGUACAGACAUCUGGGAGCUAUGCUGAGACACUGCCUUAUGAGCCAUGCAGACGGAGAGGAGCGAACUGAUGAGUUUCACAGCCACGCUGUUAACCUGCUCGGCAACCUCCCACUGCCCUGCUUGGAUGUACUGUUGAUCCCUAAAGUGCAACCGGGCUCCAUUGAGUACAUGGGGGUUAACAUGGAUGCUGUCAACAUGCUGCUGGAGUUCAUGGAGAAAACACUUGACCGGGGUCUUAAGCUGAAGGAAACCCUUCUCCCAUCUCUAAACCUGCUGACUGAGAGUGCCCGAAUUCACAGAGAAACCAGAAAGUUCCUCAGGUCCAAAGUGCUGCCUCCACUUCGCGAUGUGACCAACAGACCAGAAGUGGGCAGCGCUCUGAGGAACAAACUGGUCCGUAUUAUGACGUCCAUUGACACUGAUGUUAAGGACUGUGCUGCCGAGUUCCUCUUUGUCCUCUGCAAAGAAAGUGUUUCUAGGUUCGUUAAGUACACUGGAUACGGUAAUGCUGCAGGUCUGCUGGCUGCUAGGGGAUUGCUCAGGGGGGGCAGAGACUCUGGGAUCUACUCUGAGGAUGAAGAGUCUGACACAGAGGAGUACACCAAAGUCAAAGCACAUAUAAACCCAAUAACAGGAGUUGUACAAGAAGAACAGCCCAACCCCAUGGAGGGAAUGACAGAGGAACAGAAAGAAUAUGAAGCCAUGAAGCUGGUCCACAUGUUUGACAGACUGUCAAGGACUAAUUUUAUCCAGCCCAUGCAGCUCGGUAUGGACGGAAAGAUGAGCGAGAUCUCUCCAGGAGAUCUACACAAACUGGCCCACAAUCCUUUGUUCCAGCCAGAAGAGCAGGCUAAUUCAGACAGUGAAGAGGAGGCUCAGUAAACACAAGAAGCAGAGAAACAGAAACACAUUCAAUUCCUGGAAGAAAAGAUUGGUCUCAUUAGUUUAUUUAUUCACAUUGCAGGGGACAAUCAGUUCCCAUUUACUUAUUCUAUUGGAAAGCGAAGGACAGAAGUGAAGUCAAAGUGAAAAGUACAUGGGAGGCACCUUAAAGAUUUUUUGAUAUGUGCUCAUUUUUCAAUGACAAUAUUAAGUGUGUAGAUGUGUUUGUUUCCUCUCAGACAUUUUUCUCGGUUUCUAUUCAUAUACACAUUCAUAAACGCAACGACAGAGAUACCUUUCAGAACAAUCACGUGUAUACAGCUCCAUCACCACAAUACCAAACAAUCUCUGUGUAUAACAUAUAUUUUAAAUAAUUAUGCUAAUAAUGAACUGACUUGAAACUACGGAAUGCCAUAGAGGUGGAGAAUAAUCGUAUGAUAUGUAAAUGGGCAAAUAGGAGCUAAGCAUUAGUAUGGUCCAAUAGAUGUGUUCCUUGUUUGAUUAAGACAGUCUAGUAAAUAAAGUGAAGGUUCUCCAAAAAGCUGCAAGCUCCAUAACAAUGACGUUUGAAAAAUCAACAUUCAAAUGCAGCGUAGUUUCUAUUAUUGCACUUUAGUUCAUAGUGUUUUAACGCUGUAUUUUGGCACAUUUUCAGAUAAAUAUCAGGCAACACUAACAUUAUCAUUUGUAGAUGCAUAGUUUAGGGUCGGUAAGAUUGUUACCAAUUCAUCUAAAGAAAUAUUUCAAUAAUAAAUUGAAAUAAUAAUAUGUUAUCAGUUUUUUUUUACUGAAAACAUAGUCUGCCAUUUGUUGUUUAGCCUUUCAAAAAACACAAUUUCCCAGCCAAACAAACCGAUCCUUCACACAGACACACAGGAACGCACACAGUGCUAUCUAUUCUAUUCUUUAAAGAAAGAUGAUCUAAAAAAACUAGUCAUUUCUAUUCUAUUCUUUAAAGAAAGAUGAUCUAAAAAAACGUCAUAUCUUUUCUAUUCUUUAACGAACGAUGAUCUAAAAAAACGCCAUUUCUAUUCUAUUCUUUAAAGAAAGAUGAUCUACUAAACAACACCAAUCAUUUCAAUCUAUACAUUUUUUAGAUGACGGGGGGGAUGGUAACAUAUAUUUGAAGCUUCAUUCAAAAAACGUUGAUAAAUGCUUUGAUUGUAAAAACAAAAUAAAUUCAGUUCAGUCCUUACAAUGUUUAAUGAAAGAUUCAAAACUUUAUUGCAUAUUUGUUGCUGUUUUGGCUCUAUUGCUGUACACAGCACUUCAUACUGCAGCUGUUUGUUUGACUAUUCUUGGCUCCAUAACAAAUCGAGCUUUUCAUUUCUACUUAACACGAAAGGAGAGAUCGUGUUUUGAAGCCAUCCAAAAAGCUAUACUGUCCGUUUUGUGACAACAGAGGUAUAACCGGUGUAACUGUAUUUUGGGAUUUUAGAUUUCUGUGGUUUUACAAGUUGUUUUAUUUUGUGAAACUUUAGAAAGAUAAAUCAGAAUGCAAGUAGGAGGAAAUACUUGUGUGCAAAUAUAUAUAUAGUAAGAAGAGAAUCUGAAACACAUUAUUUUAAGGGGAUACUCUUCUACAUUGUUAUUGUAGCUAGCUGUCAUCUUGUGGAGUAUUGUAUAUUAAAUGUGAUAAAAAAACAGAGUUGUCUUAUGCAUCCAUCUUCAAACUGCUUAUCCUUCAUACACGGUCGCGCAGUUGUCUCACGUCUAUUUUAAUGCAAUUAUUUUGCAAAUUUUUCCAAGUGAGGUAGUUUUUAAUACUCGGUGGGAAGGUGAUGGUGACCCAGCUGGAGUUGUUCUGUUGUCACACAGACCCCAUUGUAAAGAGUAUAUGAGUAGGUUUUGCAUAAUAAGUCAACGCAGUCUAAUAAAAU